GACCAGGCUUGCAUUGAGAAUGAUGAAACAGGGCCAGGCUACUACGAGCAAGUGGCGGAGUCGUUUCGUCUCUUUGAGGGCGACUCUGAUGCCGUCCAGAACUGGGCUGAGGCCAGUGGCACAGACGUCGCGAGUCAUAUCCGGACGGUCUUCGAGGCGGCAGCAUAUACGGAUCCGUCGACCCGCGCUGCGAUGGUUGAGCGAGGGAUCCAGAUGCAACAGCAGCUCCUCAAAGAGAAGCGGGUCAAGAAGAGCGAAAAGUUGGUUCGCGCAGCCAGUAAAGCUCUGGAGAUCGCGAGGGCAGACUCAGGCUACAGCACUGCCAAAGCGCUAGCUGAUGCUGCAUUUCUGGAAGUGGCCGCGCUGAGAACAAAAUGGACGGUGGUGCAGGAGUUUGGUACCAAAGAAGAUGCCUUGCGCUUCGUGUUGGAGUGUCAACCCUUUGACUACCGCCCGGCUGGAGAUGCCUACGACGACUUCCCUCGCUUCCAAAACAGUAAGGACUGCUUGGCCUACGUCAUGGCGCUGGAACCUUUCCCCUCUGAGUUUCAAAGUUGUGAGCCCGUCUUCAAGCGACGACUGCGGCUGCAGCUGGCAAAGGAGGGUGAGCAGAAGCCAGACAGCGCACAGAGGAAGACGAAGCCACGGCCGAGGACUGUCAUGGGCCAGCCAAGCUCGGACGGGGCUCGCUGGCAGGUUCAGGCUGCCGGAUGUCUCUUCGAGACUCCCGGGCUCCGCACGCUCGCUGAGAAGCCCCCGGCGCAGAGGCUGCCUGCCCAUCGGGUUGACAGGUUUAGUAGCUGA